AUGGAGAGACCGAUCGUUAAAGUCCAGGAGGGUAAAUUACGCGGUAUCAAAGAUUUAAAUUAUAAUGGAGUCAAUUUUUACGCUUUUAGAGGUAUUCCGUACGCGAAGCCACCAAUUGGAGAAUUAAGAUUCAAAGACCCUGAACCCUUGGAACCGUGGUCUGGUACCAAAGACGCAACUCAAUAUGCCAGCAAGUGCGCCCAAAUAAACUGGUUUUCUAGGAAAAUAAUAGGAACCGACGAUUGUUUGUAUUUAAAUGUUUAUACAACGGAAUUGUAUCCGAAAAAUUUGAAGGCCGUAAUGUUUUUAAUACAUGGCGGAAAUUUUUCAUUUGGUUCUGGCGAUGACGACAUUCAUGGCCCGGAUUUUAUCGUAGAAAAAGACGUCAUUUUAGUGGCAAUAAAUUAUCGAGUUGGAAUACUGGGAUUCCUUAAUUUGGAUGAUGAACAAGCGCCAGGUAAUCAGGGAUUAAAAGAUCAGGUUAUGGCAUUGAAAUGGGUUCAACGUAAUAUAGUUAAAUUUGGUGGUGAUCCGAAUAACGUUACUAUUUUUGGAUACAGUGCUGGAAGUGCUUCAGUUCAUUAUUUAACCCUUUCACCGUUGGCUCAAGGAUUAUUUCAUAAAGCUAUUUUACAAAGCGGCGUUGCUACAAACCCAUGGGCUAGUGUUUCCAUAGAAUCUAUGAAAGAUACUGCCGAAAAAAUCACAGCUAUACUUGGUUAUGAGACGAAAGACCCCAAAAAGCUCAUUGAGUUUCUUAGAAAAGCGGAUUUUGGUGAUAUACUGAAAGCAGAAGCAUCCCUUUUGAGUUGGAAGAACAGACUAAGUAUCAACACAUUUGGGCCCUCAAUAGAUUCAAAAUCCAAGACUCCAUUUAUAAAAAUUCCAAUAGAUGAAGCUGUUAAUUCAGGGAUUAGAGUACCAUGUAUAUUCGGUGUUACUAGCCAUGAAGCAAUCAUGAUUCUUACCGAACUGACCGAAGAAAAUUUAUCAGAAAUUGAUGCUGAUGAACGCAUAUUACUGCAUCCGACAGUAAGAAAUUUCUUAGACCGAAAAAAAAUUUCAUUUGAGGGUAUUAGAAAAUUUUAUAUGGCUGACAAUAAAAUUUCACUCGAAAAUAUCGAGCGAUUUGUUGAUCUAAUAAGUAUGACAAAUUUUAUAAUUAAUAUUUAUCAUAUAAUUAAAAUUCAGCAGCAGUUCCCUAAUAUGCCAACUUAUUUAUUUAAAUUUGAUUAUUAUUGUAAAAAUACAUCUAUGAUGCAAAAGAUAUUGCGAACGAAUUUGAAAGGAGCAUGUCACUGCGAGGAUGCAAGCUACUUGUUUAAUAUGAAGGUAUACAGAAAAAUAGGAAUAGACCCGCCAAAAUCAGGCUCCACCGAGCACAAUAUUCAGCAGCGAUUUAUUGAAUUAUGGACUGCAUUCGCAAAAACCGGAAAUCCUAAUAAUCAUCAAUCUCAUAAGCUGAUUCCUGUUGAAUGGAAACCCGUUGGUAAUGACCCAGUAGAAUUCAAUUGUUUGAAAAUUUCUGGCGAACUUUGUCUAACCAAGGAGAUAAAUCCUUUGUAUAAUCCGUCCAAUGCCUGAGAAUACACUAUAGGUCAGCUACCCUGGCGAACCCAGGGUUACGGUAAAUUAACGUAUAUUAUGGUACUUGGACAAUAGACUGUAAUUUUACCACUAGUUACAGAUGAAGCUGAAGCUAGCGGGUGUAAUAAGUAGCGGCCACGCAAAAAAUUUCUGGCCGCUACUUAUCUCAGCCGCUAGCAUCAGUUUCAUCUAGUUAUGGUGAUAAUUCCGUAGCAUCACUGUAGGAAUACGGUAAUUUUACGGUAGAUUUCAGUAAGUUAUGGUAGACCUACCGUAAAUGACGUAAUAUUAGAUAUGCCCGGGUAAAUUUUAAAUUAAA